AAUCUUGAUAACACAGUAAGCAUGAAUGUUGAUGAUGAAACCAUUGAAGAAGCUACUGCUACUAGCUCCAAUCUUCAUGCUGAUGCUGAUGAUAAGACUAGUGCUGAUUAUUACUUUGAUUCUUACUCCCAUUUCGGUAUUCAUGAAGUAAGUAUUACUCAUUUCAAUGCGACAAACAGUGUUUGUAACUUUUGAAAAAGAAAAAUUCUUCUAUAUCUUUAUUUGCAGUUUAUUUCUGUUAAAAUUACAUCACAUCUUUCCCUAUUAUUCUAUUUUUUCCAUCCGGGAUGAGCACACUACAGCGUAAAGCUAGGAUGAAAAAUGAAAUGUUGAAGGAUGUGGUAAGAACAAAGACAUAUCAAAAUGUUAUUUAUAAAAAUGAUUUUCUCGUCAAGGGAAAGGUGGUCCUUGAUGUAGGAGCUGGGACUGGUAUUUUAUCUCUUUUUUGUGCCAAAGCAGGGGCUAAACAUGUCUAUGCGGUAGAGUGCUCCCAAAUGGCUGACAUGGCAAAGCAGAUUGUUGAAGCAAAUGGAUAUUCAGAUGUUAUCACUAUUCUCAAGGGAAAAAUUGAAGAAAUUGAUCUUCCUGUUCUUAAAGUGGAUAUCAUCGUGUCAGAGUGGAUGGGCUACUUUCUUUUGUAUGAGAAUAUGUUGAAUACAGUUCUCUUUGCCCGUGAUAAAUGGCUGGUUGAAGAUGGUAUUGUCUUUCCAGAUAAAGCCUCUCUUUAUUUGACAGCCAUCGAGGAUGCCGAGUAUAAAGAGGACAAAAUUGAGUUUUGGAACAAUGUUUACGGCUUUGAUAUGAGCUGUAUAAGAAAACAAGCCAUGCUUGAGCCACUAGUCGACACAGUAGACCAAAAUCAAAUCGUUACCAAUUGCCAUCUGCUCAAAACGAUGGACAUAUCUAAGAUGACACCUGGUGAUGCUUCUUUCACUGCUCCUUUUACUCUUGUGGCAGAGCGUAAUGACUACAUUCAUGCUCUCGUAGCUUAUUUUGACGUGUCAUUUACAAGGUGCCAUAAAUUAAUGGGCUUCUCGACAGGACCAAGAUCACGGAAUACUCACUGGAAGCAAACUGUCUUGUACCUUGAAGAUAGGAUUACGAUAUGUGAAGGAGAAGCUAUUACCGGAAAUAUGACAGUGUCCCAGAACAAGAAGAAUCCUCGUGAUAUCGAUAUACUGCUUCAAUAUUCGUUUCGUGGCAAACAUUGUGCUGUUUCAAAAACUCAGGUUUACAGGAUGCGAUAGCGGAAGUUGUUAUUUGUGAUUUUCGGAUGUCCUGAAACCUGUCUUGUGCAAGUUUCUCUGAGAAUGUCGAGAGGAAAUUCGGAGUGUUUGCUACCUCUUCAGCAAAUAAAACUUCCUCAUGAAGUUCUCAUCAGGCAAUAUGAGGAGCUGAAGUUGGCAACUUCCCAUGCUUUUUCUAUUUUUUUCUUUUUCUAUUUUUUCGAGGUUUAAUUGUUUGUUGUAAUAUUAACAUUAAUACAUUUUUGGUGAUUUGAUGUACUAGCUGUAUUUUUAUUUUUAUUAUUAUUAUUCUAUCUGUGAAGUACAUGGCUGGAUUUGAUUUGACAAAAGUCAAGUCUUUUUUUGAGAUAAAAAGUCAAGUUUUUUUUGCCAAUGAUACUCCUCC